UGGAUCUCGCCCACCUGCUUUCAGCAACCUAAAUGUCAGGCCAGGCACCUUUGGGUGACCUCACCCAGUCAGAGGCUCUGUGCCCUUCCCUGCCUACACUCACUAGUGCCCUUACCACAAAGCAGGUUUUCUUCUGGUCCUUUCUGGGCACUUUACCUCCCGCCUUUUGUCCCUUUGCUACCCUUGCACUAGGAGCCAGGCAGAGGGCAAAAACACAGAUGAAGCAGCUCCCCGAGCUUGUCACAGCCUCAGCUGCUCACCUGUGAACCAUGGGGGCUGUGCUCACUGUGAGCAAGUGCUCCCAAGUGUCACACACAGGAAGCUUCUGCUCUGCUGCCAUGCAGGAUGGAAAGUCUCUUUCCUCUGGAAUCCAUAGAAGGGUAAAAGAGAGGGAAAAAUAAGCUCAGAGCGGUCCAGCCUUGCCCAGGGCCCUCCCUUCCCUCAGGGACACCCACCCCAUUGGGAUGGACUCUCCCAGGUGGACAGCUCAGGCUGCCACACACAUUCCAGGACCCACACUCAUAAAUCCUCAUUGCGCACUGCCAGGCCUGGCACCUCCCACCUGCAUAAGAGCACCUGUUCUCAAGGGCCCCGGGUCUCCCCAGCUGUCCUUUUCCACAGGGCUGUGGCCCCCGGGCAGCAGUGCUCAGCGAGCCCCUAUCAUCUCUAAGAAUAAACUCUGAAGCUGCAGACUGUGCGGACCUGAAUCAUCAGGAAGCCCAUCGAGGAGGGGAGUGGCUUUCCGGGACAAGCAAGUGGACUAUAUAAGCCCCAGAGGGCUGGCGCUGCCCCGAUCUCUUCCACCGGCUUCUGCCUGCCAGAGGGGAGCCUUUGCAGCAGCUCUCGCACAACGCCCACCAUGUCCCAGGCUGGUGCUCAGGAGGCCCCCAUCAAGAAGAAGCGCCCCCCCGUGAAGGAGGAAGAUCUGAAGGGGGCCCGUGGGAACCUGGCCAAGAACCAGGAGAUCAAGUCCAAGACCUACCAGGUCAUGCGGGAGUGUGAACUAGCUGGUUCCACCGCCCCGUCGGUGUUCAGCGGCACCCGGACCGGCACCGAGACCGUCUUUGAGAAACCCAAAGCUGGACCUGCCAAGAGUGUCUUUGGCUAAGAAGUGCACACCAUUCCUCUCGCCACUGCCAACUCCUAGAUGCAGGAGCCUUUCCCAAAAACUUUUUUUAUGCCAGAAUGCACCUUCUCACCUGCUGCCUCUGGGACUGCCGCCUGUCCCUCAGAGCCCUGGUCCCUCAGCCCAGGGAGUCUGCACCGGCACCUGGGGAACAAUAAAGAGGAUGCCCAAGUGA